AUGGGUUUCUUUGACACACGUGUUGGGUUGGGACUUUCCAUGCAGAAGCCGGGUUCAUCCCGUAAUUUGCUAUUUCCAUGGGGUUUCUAUCUAUUAUUGUGGGAAGUGAUUUCAGAGUCUAAUGCACAGGAUUCCUCGCUUCACAUAUGUGGCAAUGCAUACCGUUUUGAUGCGCUCUCUCUAUGCAUCAAAACCCCCCAAAUUUCAGUAUUCCCGCCCAAUUGGGGACCCGAAACCUACCUCUCCCGCGGAAAUUCCGAUACUCUCCAAGUACGGACGACUGAAAAACCAAAGAUCACCGUCACCGACGCCGAUUUUGAUAAGCCCCUCCCCGUUCAGAGUAUUUUCAACUUAGAAAAAAUGGAUGAUAUCCUCGGGGAAAAUUCUUCGAGCAUGUCUGAUCGAGUAGAUGCGGAUGCUUCUAUAAACAUGGAUGAUCAAGUCAAUGUGAAACCUGAAGUUGGUAUGAAAUUUGAUACACUAGGUGAUGCGUGGGAAUUAUGGGAGAAGUAUGGAUGGUGGAUGGGGUUUGGUGUUAGGAAAAAUUAUAACAAUAAGAGAAGAAAAGAUGGGGUUAUCUCAAAUGCUGUGUAUGUAUGUAAUAAAGAAGGUCGCCGGGCUGAAGAUAAACGGGUUGUAGGUAUUGUUCGUCGUCGAUGGGAAAUAAGAACCAAUUGCAAAGUUAUGGUGAAUAUAGCUCUGGAGCGAGAUACAGGAAAGUACAAGGUAAAAGAAUUUGUGGAAGAACAUAAUCAUGCUCUUGAGCCUACUGAAACUAGAAAAUGGCUGCUAGAGACACGAAAAUACAAGGUCAAUAAAUUUGUAGAAGAGCAUAAUCAUGCCCUUGAGCCUCCUGAAACUAGAAAAUGGCUGAUACAUGGAACAAUGACUAGACCGCAAGACUCAGCCUUUGACUUGUCAUGUAGCUCGGGAAUCACCUUCGAUGCAGCACAUGAGUUGAGGAGUAGGAAAGUUGCUGAGAGAGCCAAUAUUGGUAAUCAGCAAUGCCACAAAUCCACUAUCCAUACUACUAAGUCCAAUAUUGGUGUCUCCAAGAGAAGUCUAAGGUUACCAGUUUCUGCAAUAUCUCAAAACUCAACAACAGCUGAAUCCAAAGAUGCUUUAAAGCGUGCACUUGCAAAAAGGGCUGUAGGACUUGUAAAAUCUGGAAUGGUGAUUGGGCUGGGGACAGGAAGCACGGCAUCAGUCGUCGUUGAAGAGCUUGGGAAACUGAUUAGACAAGGACAGUUGAAAGACAUAUUUGCUGUGGCAGCAAAUUACCAGUCACGAAUUCUGGCUAAACAGUUUGGUGUCAAAACAGUUGAUCUGAAUGAUGUCAACGCCAUUGAUAUCGCUUUUGAUGGUGCCGAUGAAGUUGACUUCAACAAAAAUCUAUUGAAGGGUGGUGGAGCUGCUCAUACCAUGCAGAAGGUUAUUGAUUCUGUAGCAAAGGAGUGUGUGAUAUUGGUUGAUCAUGCAAAGGUUGUUCGCCAACUGGGCAGCACAUCUCCUGUUCCGGUAGAAGUUCUACCUCCAGCAAUAUCACCUGUUUUGAGGCAGCUUGCUACUCUUGGAGGAGUUCCUGAGGUACGAUUGGCCUUGAGGAAGGAUGGCCCAGUGGUCACAGAUUUAGGGAACAUGAUGGUAGAUGUAAGGUUUUCCAAUGGGAUACAAAAUGCGGCAGAGCUUGAGAGGCGCAUCAAUAUGAUUCCUGGUGUGGUUGAAAAUGGUAUAUUGUCAGGCAGCCGUACAUCAGUCAGCGUUUUGGUGGGCAGUGAAGAUGCAGGUAAUAUCACUGUGAAGACUUUGGAGGAAAUAUGGAAUUCUGUGAUUAUUGCUCACAGAGAUGGCAGUAAUGGUGAGAGUAGGCACCAAAUUCCGCAAUGAUGCUCCCCAAAUGUCUGGCUUCCAAGUUCCAAUUAUAAAGCAACCCUUUUUGAUCCUUUGGUGUAAAGAUAUGCUGUAUUAUUUAUAGGUUACUGCAAACAUCUCCAUUGAUGCUAUGAGUAUCUAUGGUAAUUGUAUUGAGUUGGAGGACAAGAAAUUCUUGUUUUGAGUCUGGACUGUAAUUAUUAUAUUUGUGUUAUGAACAAAAAUUUUAAUUUUUGUUUUCAAA